AUGUUUAAAGAAAAAAAUAAAAUAAUAGUUUUGGUGUUAUUGAUUCAUUUGUCAAUUUGCUUUGGUUAUAAUGUUCAUUCUACAUAUAGAAAAGUAGUUGUUGACUUUCUUGGAUUAUAUGAUCCUGUUCCACUAAAUGUUACCAUUUAUAAAGAUCCACUUCUUAAAAUUCCAUAUUUAUUUUUUAAUUAUACUUUGUCUAAAUUCCCCGAUCCCGAGUUUUUCAAUUAUGUUUUUGACAGAGUUACUUUAGAAGCAACUAUGGAUAGUAAAAAAUAUUAUGGGUCCGCAGCAACUGCUUGUGUAAUUAAUAGUGAAAAAAAUAAAACCAUAUGUGGGUUUAGAGAUUACGAUGUGGCAAAAUGUUUAUUUUCUCCAUACAAUGUAACUUUUUUAAAUAAACCUCCAACAAAAGGUGGCGUUGUAAAUGUAACUGGAGAGUUCAUGAGAUUCGGAGCUGGUGAUCUAAAAAAAGCAUUUUUUAGAUCACAUGAUUUUUAUCAAAAUGUAACUGUUGCCGGUGAAUAUGAUGACCCAAACUAUAAUCCAAACUUUCUAUCAAUUACUUUUCCACCUGGUUAUGGUAAAUUUCAAAUUUGUUUAGAUUACUAUCAAGAUUAUUGCUAUGAUUUGUCAUUUCAAAGUCCAUCGAUUUCAUCAGUAUAUUAUAAUACCACAAAUCAUCAUCUAACUAUUAAAGGUGAUAAUUUUUAUAAUACCACUCAAGGACGUAUAACACCAACCGUAAUUUUUGUAUAUAUUAAUGGUUCACCUUUAAAAGAAACCUCAUAUUCCACAAAUGCUACAAAGUAUAAUGAAGGUAUUGUUGAAAUUACUGGUACACAACUUUUAUCACCAUUAGACCAGAAUAAUCUUAAAAUUACAAUUUUUGGCAAACUAUGUAACAUCAUUCCACCUAGCAAUUUAACCUAUAUUAAAUGUAUAUUACCAAAAGGAGAUGAAAAUAAUCAAAAUACAAUUCAAGUGUGUGUAAACAAUAUAUGCAGUAUAAAUAACCUAAUUUAUGAAUAUUCAAAACCUGUUAUUUCAAGUGUCACACAAAAUGGUUAUAUCUUUACAAUAGAAGGUAAAUACCAUGGUAGUUAUAAUGAUAAUUCUACACAAGUUAUUGUAACAUAUGAUAGUAAUAUAAAACAAAUAAUAUUACCAUUAUCCAUACAAACUGAUGAAACUGAAUCGGUAUUCAAGAUUCCAUUCUUUUGUGGAAGUGCAAUUGUUCAAUUAGUUGUAAAUGGUUUAAAAUCAAAUGAAUAUACUAUUAAUGCAAAUUCAAAUGUUGAAAUUAUAUCACCGCCAUCUACAGAUUCUAAAACACCAUUAAUAGUUUUACUUUCAUAUUAUGAUUGUAAAUAUUAUAAAAGUAAUACUUUUAAUCCAAUAUUCAAUAUUCAAAAUUCAAAAUCAAUUGGAACUAAAGUAAAUAACACAUACUCUUUUAAUGUUAUACCUGGUACUGGUACAAAACAAGCAACUAUAACAUUUGCAAACAAAAAUGUUACAAUAGAGUACUCAUAUGCAAAACCAAACGUUUUAAAGCAUAAUAUCGAAUAUAAUGAUCCAAUAAAUACUGUUAUACUUUAUGGUGUUAAUUUUGGUACAAAUUCAUCAUUGUGCAAUAUUACAUAUAAUGGUAUAGAAAAAGAGUGUCAAGUAAUAGACCAUUACCAAAUUAAAUUUAAAGUAGAAUCAAUUGAAAUAUCUUCAAACAUAUCGAUUACAAUUGAUGGUAUUAUAUCAGAUAGUUAUAUAAUGGAGCUUGUCAAAUGUAAACUUAUUAAUGAACAAUUGUAUCCUACAUCAUUUGGUUGUUUAGAAUCAGAACCAGUUGUUAAUUACUAUUGUGAUGGUUUAAAAACAUAUUCAUCUAAAACUGAUCCAAACAAGUUAUUAAGUGCAACUUUUAACGAUGAAGCUACUAUGAUUGAUUUCCAAGGCAAUAACAUAUCAGUUCAUAUUAAAGAAGGUGUAUCAUCAUCCAUACUAAAGCUCUUUUUAAAUGGUAUCUUUUCAAAAUCAAAUCAAAUUAAUAGAAAAGAAAGUAUUGUUUACAACUCUAAAAUACAAUAUAAUGAACAACAAAAUUUAAUUAAUAUUGAUAUAAAUGGAUUUAACUUUGGAGAACCAUACGAUAUUGGUUUGCCUACAGUUUAUAAUACAAAUUUUGCAACUAAAAACUGUUCAAUUUUAUACCAUGGUACAAAGUAUAACAAAAACUGUACAAUCGAUAUAAUUACAUGUCAAUUAACUCUACCACAUAACUUUAACAAAGAUCUUAUAUUAGAAGAUAAAGAAAGUAGUAAUACAACUCUUACGAUUCCAUUUACACUUAAAUUAGGUAAUAAUACAAUCUAUUCUUCAUUUAAUAAUAUCGAAUAUUUAGCAGCCAAAGAAAAUAACAAAAAAACAAAAACUAUUGCAUUAGCAACUACAUUAUCAAUUGGAUUAACUUUACUUUUUGCUGGAAGUGUAUAUGGUGUUUGGAGACACCAUCAAAACAAAAUUGAAAAUACAAAAAAAGAUAAAAAAUAA